AUUCCGAUUAAUCAAAUUCCAAUCUUUAAUCUUCAAUAUUCAAUGCGUAGUGUACAGCUGUAUAGUGUACAUACUGUCAAAAGAUUUAUUUAUAAAAAUUGAGGUUACGUCUGAAUUAUUUUCGGUUAAAUAUUGAAAUAAAACUUAUCAUGUCUUUGUAUGACGAUUUCGACAAGCAUCGGACCUCGGAGAAGGUCGCUGGAUGGUCCUCUGGUAUUAAGUUGUUGCAAUCGCAAUUGCAAUUGAAGAAAGCCGCUACAACACAGCCAAAGCGUGAGCAAUAUAGGAAGGCUAGUGCAGUGCUAGCACCAGUGAUAGAUUUGAAAUCAAAGACUAACCGCGAUGUGGACAGAGAGGAGCACGACAGCACCCAUAACAACCCAUUAUCCAUCGGUAGUGUGAGCAGUAUAGGAAUAGGUGAUGAAUUCGACUGGAAUGUGGUAAAUGAGUAUGAUCCCAUGUGGCCCAAUGAAUAUGAGAAAGUUGUGAAAGAAUUGCGUGACAUCAGAGAUAGGGAGCAUGAGACAGAGAUGCGCAAACGUAGGAGGGAUAAUACUCGCUUCGAAGAUACUCAAACUGCUGGUGGUAACAGCACGAUGAUACCUCCCGAAAGAGAUGAAGAGAGAACACCGUCUUCGAGAGGUGUGAUUGGAGGUGCUGCCAUAGCACCACCACCAUCCUUACAAGAACCUUCAGAAUUACCACCUCCACCACCACGACAGACGCCUAAUUUAGGCUAUGCGACAUCAUCUGUGGCUGCAAAGAUAAUGGCCAAAUAUGGCUUUAAGGAAGGGCAAGGUCUUGGUAAGAAGGAGCAAGGCAUGUCAGUGGCAUUGCAAGUGGAAAAGACGAGUAAACGUGGCGGUAGAAUUGUCGGCGAGAGGGAGCAAUUAAUGCCUCCACCACCACCUAUUACUGCUUCUCCACCGCAGAAUCAAUUAUUGUCACAGCAACUGCCGGCAGAAGAACCUAGCAUUACCGAAAUAAUGAAAUGUCCCAGCAAGGUUGUACUUUUGCGCAAUAUGGUUGGUCCUGGAGAGGUGGAUGAUGAUCUCGAACCAGAAGUGAAAGACGAAUGCAACACCAAAUAUGGCGAUGUUGCGCGUGUAAUUAUUCACGAAGUAAUCGAAGCCGCUCCAGAAGAGGCAGUGCGAAUUUUCGUCGAAUUCAAAAGGAUAGAAAGCGCUAUCAAAGCUGUAGUGGAUUUAAAUGGACGUUUCUUUGGCGGUAGACAAGUUAAAGCAGGAUUUUAUUCGAGUGAGAAACUCGACAACUUACAAUUAAUGGACUAGUUUUACAUGUAAAAAUUUCAAAUACUAAUUUUUUUUAAAUGUGCUCGUUUCUUCUGCAAAUUGUAUAAAUAUUUUCUAUUUUCAUUGCAUAAAAUAUCACGUACAUCUUACAUUUAACAAAUCUAGAGCAUUUGUUUUACAUAAUUGUAAAAAAAUAAAUUUUUCUAUUAUAUCUAACUUUUAAUUUUUGAAUCAUAUCACUAUAAUUUCUAU